AUGAUCGUUCUUGUCUAUGUUGUUGAGGAAUGGGAAGAUGCAACUCUGAGUUGGGAUCCAACGAAUUUCUCCGGUCUUCGAGUCACUUGGUUACCGGAAGAGGCUAUAUGGGUGCCUGACAUCAUCGUAUUCAACAUGUUGGUA